GAGGUGUAGGGGAGAGAGAAAAAAAGAAAAAAAAAAAAAAGAGGAAAGAUCAUUUGAGAAAGGAGUAAAGCAAUAACCAAAACGAACGACAGCUAUGACUCAGAGAUGGUAGGGUUUUUGUAAAUUAUAAAACAGAAAACAAAAAAUCACAGAAAAGUGCCCUUUAAAAACAAAAAGAAGAACUCGAACAAAGACAGAAGAAGCACAAGAAGAGCAAGGGAAAAAAAAUAAAAUAAAAUAGAGAAAUGCUUGUUCUUAGACGAACCGUAGCCGAAGAUCCGUUCUGCAAUCAGAGAUCUCGACGAGAGCACGAGGUAGAUUUGGAGGAUGUGGAAUUUGAACUGCUAAAAAGUAAAUCAGGUUUCUGGGAAGAGUUCAGGGAGGGGAUAUCGUCUCUAUAAUCAUAGAAAAUGAAAUCAGACACGCUUCUUGAUUAUGCUGUUUUCCAGCUGUCACCCAAGCGUUCAAGGUGUGAAUUGUUUGUCUCCGGUGAUGGAAAGACUGAGAAGCUUGCAUCAGGUCUACUAAAGCCGUUUGCUACUCAUUUGAAAGUUGCAGAAGAACAGCUUGCUCAAGCAGCUCCAUCAAUUAAGCUUGAAGUUGAGAAGCAUAUAAGUUCCGGAACAUGGUUCACCAAGGGGACUCUUGAGAGGUUUGUUAGGUUUGUUAGUACACCAGAGGUUUUGGAACUUGUCAAUACAUUUGAUGCUGAAAUGUCUCAGCUUGAAGCAGCUCGGAGGAUUUAUUCACAGGGAGUGGGAGAUCAACUAUCUAGUGCCUUGGGGGGAGAUGAAGGAGGAGUGACUGAAGCUGCUGAUAUAACCAAGAAAGAGCUUCUGAGGGCUAUUGAUGUGCGGCUUGUUGCGGUUAAGCAAGACUUGACAACAGCUUGUGCACGAGCAUCUGCUGCUGGUUUCACUCCUGACACUGUUUCAGAACUCCAACUUUUUGCUGAUCGCUUUGGUGCUCCUCGUUUGAACGAAGCAUGCAACAAGUUUAUCUCUCUCAGUCAGAGAAGGCCAGAUCUGAUCAAGACAUGGAAGGCUGGAGGGGACGAUCAUACAGUCCGAUCCUCGUCUGGGUCAGAUAUGUCAGUUGAUGACUCAACUGAAGAAACCGUCAGAUCUGAUGGCAUCCAUCAACUCCAACAUCAAGCUCAACAGCAGCAGCAGCAAACCAGCCAAGAACGAAACACAACCCCAAACCUAGAGCUGCAAUUCAAACCCUCCAGUCAUCAACGCCAGUCCUCCCUCUCCUUCCCAGUACGCCGCUCCUUAAGGGAACCGGGUUCUGAACGAGAUGAUGGUGGUGGAGAAAGUGAAGCUAGGAUUGAGAAGGAAACUAAGCAAGAAAGUGUAACUGAAUCCUCUCAGACAAAUCAACCAGCAAGGCGGUUAAGUGUGCAGGAUCGGAUCAACUUGUUUGAGAACAAGCAGAAGGAGCAGUCAGGUAGUGGUGGUAAAGUCGUUGUUGGGAAGCCUGGUGAGCUCCGAAGGCUACCUUCGGAUGUCUCCUCAGCUCCCCAAGUUGUUGAGAAGGCUGUAUUGAGGAGAUGGAGUGGGGCCAGUGACAUGAGCAUUGAGUUGAGUAACGAAAGGAAGGACACUGAGAGUGCUGCUACAACACCUUGUUCUUCCUCGAACUCCCAGGCUCAGUCCAGUAUGUUCUCUAUUGUGUCUGAGGAUAAGGGCAUCAAGGGACCUAGAGACAAAGUGACAUCUUAUAAGGCUGAGUUGAGGGUUCCUCCUGGUAGAGUAGAGGAUUCUGCAUUGAAAGAUACGGCUAAUUCUCAGCCCCAGGUUGGCGGUUUUCCCACUAGGGAAGAGAAUGUUGAGCUAAAGGAUUCUGAAGCCAGGUUGAAUGUUUUUUCAGAAAGCUCAGAGGAUGUUAAGAUCAGAGAUAAACCUGCUUCUCGGCCUCGAUUUAACAACACCUUUUCUGAACAAGCAGAGAAUGUUGGGUGGAAAGGCCAGAUGCCUUCUGAUACCCAUUCACAAUCAGUUACAGGUGGGGGUGAGGAUUCUGAUUUGAAGGAUCAAGCAUCUUCUCAGAUUCGAUUCAGAUCAUAUCCUGCUAGAGUGGAGCAGGUUGGAAUGCAAGAUCAGUCAUCAUCACUAAACUUGUCCAGAACAUCUUCUAUUGGAGCAGGUCAUGCUGGAGCAAAAGAUCAACCUACUUCACAGGCAAUGUUUGGAGGUCUUACAGCUAGGAGAGAUGAUGUUCAUCUGAAAGACCAUGCUGCAUCUAAGACCAAAUUUGAAACUUCUGUGAACACAAUGGAUGAUGUUGAAGUGGGAGGUCAGCUGGUUGGUCAGGCUCUGUCCAGGGCAGGAUCCACUUCAACAGUGGACACUAAACUGAAUUUGAAAGAAUCAUCAGUUUCUCAGGUUAAGCCAAAAGCUUUCUUGGGUAAGUUUGGAAGCAGCACUGAAACAACAAACCUUGCAGCAUCUGAAUCUCAGUAUAAGAUCUUUGACGGUAGUUCCUUGGCUUCUCAAUCUCGAUGGAGGUCUUUCCCUGGAAAAAUAGAGGAAGUAGGGAAGAAAGAACUGGUGUCUUCUGAGUCCAAGUUUGGAGGUUUUCCUACUGAAGUGGAAGAUUUCAGUGUUCAGGGGAUGAGGUUGCUGAAACAGAGUUCUCUUUCUGAGCAAAGCAAGAGGUUGCAGGAAAAGAGGAGUGAGAGCAUCCCUAAUAAUACGACCGGUGAGCCAGUUAUUCCCACAAGAAAGGUCAUGGAAAGCCUGGAGAUGUUUAGUUCAGCUGCAACAGCUCCAGUUGAGCAAGUUCAGAAGGUUAGGCAGUCAAAAGGUAAUCAGGAACUCAAUGAUGAGCUGCAGAUGAAGGCAAAUGAGCUCGAGAAACUUUUUGCAGCACACAAACUUAGGGUUCCUGCUGAGCAGUUGGGUUCUGCACGAAGAAGCAAGGUAGCUAAUGUGCAAGAUGAGCAGACUGCUAGUGACACGCAUGGAAAACCGACAGAGUUAACUCCUGUACAAUUACAUGAGAAAAAUCCUGUGAAGGAACCUUUUGGGAGUUCCAGCAAGGCAGAUUUUGAUGUUGGUUCAUUGAUGAAGAUGGUAGACAACCGUGGCUUUGGUAGUUCUAUAAAGCACAAUGUUACCGAGUUGGGUUUGUCGGAAGAUUGCAAAGGGAAAUUCUAUGAUAGGUAUAUGCAGAAACGGGAUGCAAAACUGAGGGAAGAAUGGGGUUCAAAAAGGGCACAAAAAGAAGCCAAGAUGAAAGCCAUGCAGGAUAGCCUUGAACGUAGUAGAGCAGAGAUGAAGGCCAAGUUUGCGGGGUCUGCAGACAGACAGGACUCUGCUCUUCAUGCUCAUCGACGGGCGGAGAUGCUGAGAUCUUUCAAAAUUCAUCCAGCUGCAAAGAGCAGAGAGCAGCAGCCAAUAGAGCCUGCCCAGAGUGAAGAGGAUGAGGAUCUAUCUGAAUAUACUGAACAGGCACAAUAUGGACAAGAUAGAUCCUUCAGUGAUGUGUCUCUAGGAGAUGGGUCUUCAAGGAGCACACAACCUAAGAGACUAUUACACAAUAGAAGCCUAUCUUCCUCUACUCCACGAACCUCAGCAACAUCUGUUCCACGUUCUUCAGUCAAAGGUUCCAAUUCCAACUCUGGCCGCAGACGGACACAACCAGAAAAUUCUCUUAUGCAAUCAGUUCCAAAUUUCUCUGACUUAAGAAAGGAAAACACCAAACCUUCAUCAGCAAUCAGUAAGACAACAAACCGCUCACAGAGGAGCUAUGCUCGCAGCAGGAGUGUAACUGAGGAGCUAGUCCUCAGCAAAGAGGAUAAACCACGGAGGUCACAAUCCAUGAGAAGGAGCUCUGUGAAUCCUGGUGAGUUGAAGGACCUCUCACCUCUUAAUUCUGAUAGUGUGGUUUUGACACCACUAAGAUUAGCUAAAGAGCAAACAGAGCAGGGCCUAUAUAGUAAAGUUCCAAAGAAUGGUGAGUCAAAGCCUUUCCUUAGGAAGGGUAAUGGCAUAGGUCCUGGUGCUGGGGCUGGUAUUGCAAAGCUGAAAGCUUCAGUAGCAUCUGAUAGCUUGAAAAAUGAAGAUUCUGAUGAAAUGGCUGACCAGGCAGAGGGAUCUGUGGACAUGGUUAAUGAGGAGGAAGAGGAAGAAUUUGAAGCAGUGACAGGUGAAGAGAUUAUGAAGGCAAUUGAUUUCCCUGCCGAUUCAGAUAAUGAAAAACCAAGACUAAGCCAAGAAUCAGAAAAUCCGAGUGAUCCUACUUCUGACAAUGGUGAGGUUCUCCAAUCCCUUUCUCAAGUCCCCAAUUCAGCUGAAGUGGCUACUGCUGUCCCUUCUACAUUAAGCAGUUCUUUAGGACAUUUACAGGAUUCGCCAGAAGAAAGCCCUGCAUCAUGGAACUCACAUAUGCAUCAUCCAUUUUCUUAUACAAAUGAGACAUCGGAUAUUGAUGCCUCUGUGGACUCUCCAAUGGGGAGUCCUGCAUCGUGGAACUCUCACUCCCUUACCCAGGUAGAGUCUGAUGCAGCUCGAAUGAGGAAGAAAUGGGGUAGUGCUCAGAAACCAAUUCUUGUGGCCAAUGCCUCUCAUGUUCAAUCCCGAAAGGAUGUCACAAAAGGCUUUAAGAGGUUAUUGAAGUUUGGGAGAAAAAACCGAGGAACAGAGAGUCUGGUAGAUUGGAUUUCUGCAACAACUUCUGAAGGAGAUGAUGAUACUGAAGACGGCAGGGAUCUGGCAAAUCGGUCAUCGGAAGAUCUGAGAAAGUCAAGGAUGGGUUUCACACAGGGUCACUCUUCUUAUGAUGGCUUCAAUGAUGGCGAGUUGUUCAAUGAACAAGUUCAAGCAAUACGUAGCUCAAUCCCUGCACCUCCAGCAAACUUCAAGCUGAGGGAGGAUCAUCUGUCAGGAAGCUCUUUAAAAGCUCCUCGGUCAUUCUUCUCACUGUCAUCAUUUCGAAGCAAGGGAAGUGAGUCAAAGCCCAGGUGAUGACUGAUACAAGAAGGCCAGAAGCAAGGGAAGUGAGACAAAGUCCAGGUGACAACUGCUACAUACAAGAAGGCCAGAACCAAAAUGUUUGGAACUCUUCAGUGAAAAGGUACAAUGACUCGUAUAUAAAUAGUAAGGUGGUCAUUUUGAUAUAGAGGUAGAUGUUACAUUCACCCAGGCUUCUGAGGGGGGUAUAUAUAUGUCGUUAUGUAUUCUUACCUUUUCUUUGGACUGGUGAGGUAUUCCAUAUCUCUAUGUGAUUUAAUUAGUUUUUUCCCCUUUUCCCUUUUCCUUGUAUUAGUGUUGAAAUCUGUAGUAUAUGCAUCCAGCCAAAAGUCACCAAUUGGUGCAAAAUUAUCUUAAUUUUUGAGAGUCCAGGCCAUUUUUUUUUACCUUUUUGCUACUGUAUUAGUCUUGUGAGUUUUGUAUAUCAGAAACUUAGAAGAACUGAAAUAUCUAAGUUUUGGAAGGACAUUGAAUGGGAUUAAUGCUGGAUAAGAUCCAAAAAUGUCUGCUUCAUCAUUAUAUCCUCCAUCUUCUUUUGUUUGGGCUCCGGAAAUGGAGUUCUUCCGAGCGGAUGAAAGUCACACAACCACACCAGUCCACAGCAUCAUGUUACGAAGUAGAUGUAUAUGUGAUGUUUCAAUAACCGCGAGGUGGUGACUUCUGCUUCCUGAUUGGAACACUAUACUAUAGUCUAUAUACAGAUGUCAGACAUUUUACUCGGACCAGAAAAGGUACGGUUCGGUUGUUAAAAUAGCAUAUUUCAUUGUAACUAUUCAAAUUUGUCAAGUUAUAUUGCUAUUUUUUA